AUAAUCCUUGUGCAGAAAAGACCUGCUAUGAUGUCGGUGCCUCAGUUUGGAGGGUGGGAUCAAAAGGCUCCAGGAGCUACCGACUACUCAAUGGUGUUCACCCAAGCUCGGGCAAACAAAAAGAAUCAGAAAACCGACCUGACUGAAAUCAAGCGUAAAAGCCUUGGGAGUGAAGGGGACUUCGUCAAUGCCAAUCAUGGUCAAACUCAUCAUGCUCAUGCUAACGCUCAUGCUCACGCUCAACAUGCACACGCUAAUGCUCAUGCUAACGCUCAUGCUCAACAUACACACGCUAACGUUCAUGCUCAUGCUCAUGAAGAACCCGUUGUCAUGGGGAAAAGAAGAAUUCUGACCUACAUAAAUUGCUGUAUUAGGCCGUAA